AUGGCGGAUGUGCAACCUCAGGAACUAGAGAAGACCCAACCUUCCAUGCUGGAUGGAUCUGAUUCUGAGGUGCCCGGCGAGCUGGUGUUUUCAGACAAUCACAUUUGUGAAGCCGGGAAGUUUUCUCUUCUGGACCAGGUGGACGCCACAGACUACUGUCACGUAGCACUCACCACUGAGGGGGAGCUUCUUACAUGGGGGGGGCAAGACGGAAGAACGAUUGCGGCAACCACGAGACAACCUUUUUUUGUGAUGGAUCGAUUCCGAGAUGUCCACGGCUCGAGGUCAGCGGCUCAGGGCGAUGCGGCUUCUGAUUUAAGUGCUGGAGAUUGCACGUAUGGCUCAUCCGAUGCCGCUCAAAAUGGUUGGGCCGGCUGCGCUAGUACCGGUUCUGCCGCCAUGCCCACCGUAUGGCAAGUUCUGGCCCACAAACCAAAUGUGACAGAUGUUGCUUGCGGGCAGGAGCACACUCUUGCUUUACUUGAGACUGGCCAGGUGUUUUCGUGGGGAAAUGGGUCCAACGGAAGACUCGGUCUCGGCGACACCCGAGAUCGGUCGUCCGCCUGCCAUAUUGAAGCGCUCCAGGGAAUCGAGAUCGAGGCAGUGUUCUGCGGAGUGUCGCACUCCUUGGCUGUUUGCUCUACCGGAACGUCCUACGCUUGGGGAAAGAACGACUGCGGCCAGUGCGGUGACACAGAUCCUCUUUGUUCGGACGCGAUCUGCCCCCGGUCAAUAGAUGGCCUCAAGAACUUUCCAGUGUCCAUGAUGGCAGGGGGCUGGGGGCAUUCGUUAGCACUCACUCGCCGCGGUGAACUUUUCAGCUUCGGUGGUAGCUACAGCCAUGGACGCGACGGAGAUGCACCAACGGCAGUUCUUGGCAUUUCCGCAGCAGCGGCUUCUGCUGCCGUUGCGGAUGGGACGCUCGGCAAGCGCGGCGGCGUUCCGCCUACAAGGGUUUGCACUGGUUCCCUGGGUUCUGCGACUGUGAAAGCUAUCACAUCCGGAUGGGAUCAUUGCAUGGCGGUCACACACGACGGUACAUUGUUCACAUGGGGCUCGGGGCGCUAUGGACAACUAGGCCACGAGGACGCAGGACCUCGCCAUACCCCUACACGAGUUGCCUUCUUCGCAACACCUGCCGGGGGUCGGAUUCGCUCCGCCACGGGAGGACGGACCUACAGUGCGGCGGUUACCGUUGAUGGGCGCGUGUUCAAGUGGGGGCUAGACCGCAAGUUUCGGCUACCGCACAGAAGUGCAACCGAGGGAGGUGGCAGCAGUCGAGGCCACAGCCCUAGCGAGGGGGACGGAGUGACUGCAGUCGAGGCUUCCAUCCCCCGUCUAGUUAUCGGCGAUGGGGUGGAGGUGGGUCGGAUUGAGAUGAUAGUGGCGCUCCUGCGUCAUUUCGAGCGAUUGGCCAUACCUCACAUUCCGAAGGACACCACUACCGAAGUCGAUCGCAGCUUGCGACAGGCAGUGAGAGUCGGCAAGCGGAUUCGAAAGAGGGUGCGUGAGGCAAGAACGGUGGCCUUGGUGAGCUCAAACCACGAUCAAGAGGUAUCAACGACGUCAAGCGCGAAUCGGCAGCAAUUCCAGACGACACGAGAAGAUGACAUUCCGAAUGAUGAGCAGGAUUCUUCAAAGCACGCCCCAAUGUGCUCGGUAGGAAAUCUGCAUGAGAGCCAAGAAGCCAUCGUGUCUAGGACGCGGUCGCCAAUUGCUCCCUUCUGCGUCGAUACCUCGUGGCAGGCGUUUCGCUCGUUCCUUGACCUCAUCAGAGUCGUCCGCGAGAGGAAGAGUCCGAUGCCUGCUUCUCCAGCUCGUGAGCCCGCUGCGGCUGACACGGUUGAUUCUGCUGGAGUUCCCAUGGGGAAAAGCACAGGAAACCCCCGAAGUGAUCCUAACAACAUCGGCCCCGAGGGAUGUGGAAAGCUGGUCACCGGGAGUGUGCCAACGGCUGAACCCUUUGACAAGCAGGCGAGAAUGCAGGGAGCGGAUCUGACGCCAGAAACAACCGAGUGUGUCAUGGCGUCCCGAUCGGUGCAAAUGGAGGUAUUGCGCGGAACCCUGAGCUUGCUCAAGGUCAACUUGUUCCAAUUCGUCCGUGUCGCCGCCAUGCGACGCGCUUGCCGAGGGAACAGCUUCUUCAAUCCAUCGCGCAAAGUUCAAACCGGGGACAACGGGGGCAACGUCAAGGACAACGAUUUUCAGACGAAACACAACGACUGGGGGGCUCAAGACGAAGACGGCUUUGGGCCGAAAGAGACGAGCUGUGCGGGCGACGGAGGUACUACGCUAGGCCAGAAAGGGUGUCGAGGUAGUAGUGAAAGUGUCGAAGACCUGAAUGGUGUGAUUGGAGAGCUUCAUGCCGAGCUACAGACUCUCUUGGAAGACGAAGUCACUCAACAAGACCCAGAGACGACCGCCAAGGCUCAAGCUGUUCAAGUCGAGGCCGCGGAAGCGUUUCGGAUUGGCUUCAGCGUAUUUUUCCGGUCCAACCUUGCACGAGUGCAAUUGCUGCAAGACGUUGUGAUAACACUCAAGACGGCGGGCCCUGUCUCCCCCGAGCGCACCCAACAGCCUCUCGACGACAAAGGAAAAGAUAGGCAAUCCCCUGCGAGGUUGCAGCAGCGGGUGUACCGGGCCCCUAGAUCGAACACCUUGAUGAUACGGCUCGCGGUGGAAGGUCUUGCUCGGGAUAACUACGUAUCUGCCAUCGUAUCCGGGGCCUUCGACCACCAGCGGUCGGAAGACAACGAGCAGGAGGACAAUAGAACGGCAAUCGGGGAAGCUGCUGAGGACUUCGAUGCCACAAAGCUCGACGCUGUGAUGCAAUCGAUGCUUUCUUACUGCGCCGACGACCUUCAGAAGAGAUUGUGGGGGGGAAGCGCCGUCUCAGAAAAGGCCGUCUUCGAAAACCUCGAACGACCACGCCAUCAAAGUCGGACGGACAACGAACAUCGUUUCGGAAGCUCAGGGGUGAUUAGGUGUCCGUACUCGCGCCUGCUCCUAGUGCUUCAGGAACAUGUGACAGCCUACUGGGGUGACGCAGACGUUGGUGUCGAGAGAAGAGCCGCUGCUCGUGGAUUGUCACUUAGCCACGCCUCACGUCUACUCAAAGAGAGCCAGCAUAUUUUUUCGAGAUUGCUCACGGAGUGGGACCAAACGACCCGCGGUGCUCAUGGUAGUCGAUCUGACGGCGUCUUGAAGAAUUCCUUUGUGGCACUCGUCCCUGCACUCUGCAUCUCCAUAACCUCCCUCCCGACGGAAGGAGAAGACCGCCUGACCCGGGCAGCUGCGCUGUUGCCGUUGGUUCUGCCGCUAAUGGGUGCCGUGGACCGUUUCAACGGCCUCCGUAUUUCCACGGAAGGGGACGCUACACCAGUCAGGGAGGAACCUUCACCAUCGGACUGGUCGGCUCAACUCGAGGAGGCCCUCGCCCAGCUCUCGUCAGACCUCGUGUGUAGCUUGAUAGACGUGAACUCAAUCAAAACGCGACAGCCUGUUUUACGUCGUUCCCACGAAACUGGCUGUGACCGGGAGCGUGACUGGGGCGAAGAUGACAGUGAGGAGCUCGUGGAGAUGUUGCUGGCAUCGUCGCCAUUUUUAGCCUUUGGACGCGAGACGUUUAGCUGGUCGGAUCAACACACCAAGGACAGUCCCUCGCAACUGGAUAGCCCCGUCUUCACUCAAGCUCUUAAGGUGAUGGAAUUGCAAGAAGGGGUCACAAAAGAAUCGUGCGGAUGCGCAACGCUCAAGCCGACCACACCCAACCCGACACCGAGUAAACUCCAUCCUCAGAACAGCUUAGCUCGAGGGCGCCGCCGGGCUAGUAACGACAACGCCGCUCUGAACCCCAUCGACGCCCGUGUCUCUCCGCACGGUUUGCCUUGCCAUGCAAACCGAGGAUCUACAGGGGGCGGCCGAGGGCCUACGGGGGGCGGGGCGGGGGUAGAGGCAGAAGAGAACGGGGGAAGAACCGGCGGAGCUCCUGGGCGACAACUAGAUAGUAUCGUAGACGACGCUCGCGCAGAGGGUUUCCUGAACGACCUGCUCUGUGGGCAGGGCGCGGCAUUGUCCCUGUACCAGUGGAUGACGGUCCCACCGGCCCCCCAGCUGCCCGUCUUACACGCAACGUCAUUGGCCACACAGGGGCAAGGCUGGGGCAGUUACCAGUCGCUCAGUUCUCACCCCGUACCUGAUCAACAGGACAGUGAAGGCAGCCACCGACGGCGGCGAUCUAGAGCACUCCCGUCCGACGUGGACGCGGCUACUCGGGCUCUCGUAGCAGUGAUCAUCAAGAGCAACGGGGUAGUGACCGAAGCUGCUACGUUUGCCAGGUGUAGGCUUGAUCGUGCGAGUUCUCCUCCUCGGGCACUGAAGCUGAUAGCUUCGGCGGCUGCCGAAGUGCGCGAGGUGCUGGCAGGACUUGCCGAUUCGCUGAAGGGGGACAAACACCCUGACUUAGAGUUUUCCUCUGACAAACGCGACCACCAGAAUGAGGAAGGCGGCGCGGGACGGAACGACCAAGGUAGCGCUGAAACCCGAGAAAAAGCGGCUGCUACCGGUCUACAACAGACGGCCGAAACGCUUACAAACAUUGUCCGCAACUGCCGCCUUCUUCUCAAAUACUCCACCCGCCUACCUUCGAUCGACCUUGCGCGGUGA